AUGGGUGACCCGAUAGCUAGUCGCUGCAAGGACGUUAACGUUUUAUCAGAUUGUUCUGGGAGUUCCAAGCAAGUACAAGGGUUUUAUGAUUCAGCUGCAAAAAAUCCGAUAAACUCUUCUUUAGAUCAACGUAGUAGAUCACGCAUUUACUACUUGCGCAAUUUAAAUAACUGGGUAAAGAGUACUGUGAUUGCUGACUUUCUUGAUAAACUACAUGACAAAAAAACUGGCCAACAUAUUAGGGUCUUAGACGUUUGCUGUGGAAAGGGUGGAGACCAGCUGAAAUGGCUUAAAGGCCGCGUCGAUCAUGUAACGUUUGUGGAUAUUUCCUCUGCAUCUAUCGACAUAUGCAAGCAACGAUAUACCUCUCUAGUUAACAGAAAUGGUCAUGGUCAGGUAUUUUCGGCGGAGUUUAUUGUUCAUGAUUGCACCAAAACGCUUCAAUUGAAAAUGAAGUACGACCUGGUUAGCUGUCAGUUUGCUCUUCAUUAUGGAUUUGAGAGCAUUGGUCAAGCCCGAAUUAUGCUACACAAUGUAAGUUCAGCUUUAAAAGAAGGAGGAUACUUUAUUGUUACACUACCAAACGCCUACGAAAUUGUCAGCAGACUCUCUCGAAGCAAGAAUAAAAGGUCUUUCGGGAACUCGAUCUACACAAUUACCUUUGAUGAGCCCUUCGAACCAGACCAACCCAUGCCUCUGUUUGGGGCGCGCUACCAUUUCCAGCUAGAAGGCGUCGUCGACUGCCCGGAGUAUUUAGUCUAUCCCCCUCUGCUUAGAGCCAUGGCCGAAGAGGUGGGUCUACACUGUGUCUGCGGUCCCCUGCCGUUCUCCACUCAAAUGCGCAGAGCCACUCGCGACACGCCGCACAACGUCCACCUCCUCCGCAAUAUGGAUGCACUGGAGACAUGGGCAGAGCGCUCGGAAUCUCCUCAUGGAAAUGGCCGUGAUCGAAGUAGAAGUCCGUUGGGACCUCGAACAAGUUUUUCGAAACCUCUGAUGGCCUCAAGUGAGGCUGGUUCCUACGCUCAUGUAGAACGUAAAUACGGUUCUCUACGCCUUCCAGUGGGCACACUAUCGAAUCAAGAGUGGGAGGCGUUCUGUAUAUAUUGUAUUUUUGUGUUCCGAAAAAAAGAUAUUUAA